UAUUCUCUUUCCAUCGUCUGGGCAAUUCAGAUCUUGGAUUCUUCAGCUGUUCCGACGUCUUUGGUAGUCUCUCUGUCGUCAUCUUCUUAGUCUCAGGUGAUGAUUUAUCAUGGGUGUUAGGCCUCAAAGGACUUGAAGUUCUCGACUUGAAAGAAAGCUCAUUUAAGGAACUGCCACAAGGAUUAGAAGAGUUGAGUAAAUUGAAGCUAUUAGAUUUAUCUUGGAUCAAAGAGCAGAGUUUUAAGAUAGCAGAAAGAUGCACACAUCUUGAAGAGCUAUAUACUUCAAAAAUCCAACCAAGAAGAACAACUUUAGAACUUGGUAAAUGUAUUUCAAAUAAUGCGACUUUUCCCAUGUUACAGAGAUAUGAACUUCGAAUUGGGAAAUUUGUUGAGAUUUAUAAAGGUGAAUAUGAUUCUUUUAUGGGCUGUUUCUCCAAGGUUUUGUCGUUGGCAGAAUUAAAAAUCAUUGCUUUAAGUCCAUUUAUAAAGGAUCUUCUACAACGAGCUGAAGCUGUUCAUUUAAAUAAACUUGAUGGGGAUUUCAAAUGUAUUGUACCAGACAUCGUUCAGGGUGUAGGAAGGAUGGAUGAGUUGACUAGCUUGUGUCUUGGUUUUUGUUCAAAUUUAGAAUGCAUUGUAGAUGCAACUUCUCAUAAUGUUGAUUUGUUUCAAGCAGAAACUUUGCUUCCAAAGCUAAUCAAGUUAAAGUUGAUGCUUUUGGUCAAUUUAAAAGAAGUUUGGCGGGGUCCACCUUUGCUUUUCUUCUUUGAGAAAUUGCAAGAAUUGCAUAUAUCUAAUUGUCCUAUGUUGACAUCACUCUUCCCAAAGUGUGUUGCCAAAGCUAUGCUGUCAUUACAGAAGCUAACUGUAAUACGUUGUGGUGAAUUGAAGAAUAUAAUAGAGGAGGAGGAUGGUGAUGGUACCAACAAUGAAAUAAAUUUAGCUUCAAACAAUGCACAUUCGGUGUUCUCACAAUUGAAAAGUUUGACCAUCAGUUAUUGUGAUAAGUUAGAAUAUGUAUUCUCAAACUCCUGUGUUCAAGGCCUUGUGCAGUUGGAGGAGGUGUGCAUUAUGAUGGCUUCUCAACUAAAAUAUGCUUUUGGUCAACAUGAGGGUGAUCAUCAAGAGGUUCAGAUUGAGCUUCCUGUUCUAAAAUUACUCAAACUGGAGCAAUUGAAAAAUUUGCUCAGCAUUUUACCCAAAAACUAUCAUUCAAGUUGCCCAUGUUUAAGAGAAUUUUAUUGGAUGGGGUGUCCCAAAUUCCAAGCUUCAUGUAUUAACAUCGUGGUUGGUUCAAAUAUAAAUAUGGACGAUCAAGUAUGCAGUGAGAUUUCAGUUCUAUCAUCACUUCUCAAUUUAGAGAAACUUUAUGUGACUGAAUGUGGCGUGGAAGACAUAAUAUUUCUACUUGAAAUGGAUAUUUGUACUAAAACGAAUACCAAAAACAAGUUAAUCCCACCCCUGGAGACACUGAUAUUGAAAGAUCUACCCGAGCUGAAGUUUGUUUGGAGUGGUCCAUUGGGAACACUAAGCCUCCAAAAUCUUAGAAAAUUCGAAGUUAUUGGGUGCAACAAUUUGAGGAGUAUUUGGAGUGGUUCGAUGGGAACACUAAGCCUCCAAAAUCUUAGCAAAUUCAGAGUUAGUAGGUGCAACAAUUUGAGGACUAUUUUAUCCCCUGUAAUUCUAAGAAGCAUGCAACUGUUGGAACAUCUCGAAAUAUCAGAUUGCAAUGAAUUAGAGGAAAUAAUGCAUUGUACAGAGGUAGGAGAGCAGCAUAAAGGCCAUCUGGAUGCUCAAUCCUCACAAGUAUGCUUUCCAAAUCUGAGAAUGCUUGAAGUUAAGAGAUGUAGCAAGCUAAAAUGCCUAUUUUCAAUAACCAUAGAUUGGAACGAGCUUCUGGAGAAAGUGUUACCCAACUUGAGGAACCUAACUUUGGAACAAGUUCCAAGUCUCAGGGAUUUCUGUCAUGGUUUAUCCCUUUCCAACGAUCGCCUUCCCCAGCCGUCGGGCUCAAGACUCGAAUGGAUUAGAUUAGGAAGUGUGCCUGAGCUAUGGGUGACAUGGAGAGCUCCUUCACAGAUUUCGAACCUCGUCCAUCUUGAAGUAUUGGAACUUUUUGAAUGUAAGGAAUUGAAAUCUGUAUUUGCUGAGGGUUUCCACGGAAGAAGCCCACCAAUGUUACAAGUUCUUAUGAUAAGAGAGUGUGAGGAGCUGGAGGAAAUUCUGAGGGAGGAUAACGAAUUCCAAACAUGCUUUCCUAAAUUGGAGUGCCUUCAAGUAACGCAUUGCAGCAAGAUCAAGUGUCUUUUCUCAACCUCCUCUCUCACUCCAUUGCUUCCUCAUUUAUGGUCAAUAAACAUAGUCUCGUGUGCAAAGUUAGAGGAGCUUUUUGGACGUCGCAGUGAAGCCGGCAGUGACCAUGUCAACGAAAUCGCGCUUCCAAACUUGGCAUAUAUACAUCUGAAGGAAUUGCCAAGUCUUGUUGAUAUCUGCAAUGGAUUCAAGUUAUACGCUAUGAAACUUGAAGCAAUUAACAUGAUAGAAUGCCCAAAAUUUUCUUCAAUCAUGGGGGCAACUGGGAGCAUAUGCACUCAAAUAAAGAGAAAGGAAGCAAAGCCUCAUGGGAACAGCGGCAGUCAAGUGCUUGAUCAACUCCCAUAUUUCUUCCCAGAAGAGUUGACUUUACAGAAAUUAGAGUUACAAAAAUUAAGUGAGCUAAGCUUGAUAUGCAGGGAUUUCAGUACUCCCUCCCAAAUUUUGAGCUUCCAAUAUCUUAAAGAUUUGACAGUGGAUGGAUGUGGAAAAAUGAAAUGCAUCUUCUCCUCCACUGUUUGGGGAAGCCUUCAACAGCUGACAAGGUUGGAAAUUAGAGAAUGUGAGGAAGUACAGGAAAUCAUGCAAGAGUUGGAAGAAGCUCAGCACGUGUCUAACAUUUCUUUUCCAAAAUUGAGGAGAAUAACGGUGAAGGGUUGCAAGAAGUUGAAAUGCCUUUUCAGGACAGCUAGAGUUGCAAUGCUUCUUCCAGAACUACAUUACAUAGAGGUAUCAGAAGCUGUAGAAAUGGAAGAGAUCUUUUCCUAUAAAACUGAUCAAGCAACCACUAUCACUCCGCAACACAUUGUGUUCCCAAAUCUGCAAGAAUUGAAACUUUCAAAAUUGCCAAGCCUCACACACUUCUGCAAAGGAUUCAACUUUGAUGCUUCACAACUCGAAAAUGUCCAAAUUGGGGGAUGCCCAAAAUUUGACUUCUCCUUUGAGAAAGCCUUUUCCCACGAAAGCACAGAUACAGAUGAGUCAUUUCAUGGAGAGCAGUAAAAGAAAGAGCAGAUGGAAGAAGUGGAAAGCAUUAUUAUAAGAAUUUAUAAUCAUGUUAUUAGUUACUUAGAGAUUUAUGUCCGGAUUUUAAUACUUUGUGAUUUCAAAUUCUGAAGUAUUGAGAGUUGGAGGCCUUUGAAGUGUAAUUGGUAAUAAAGUGGCUAAUUUGCAACUUGGUGUAGAUGAAUGUGAAUUGUAUAUGUGGAUGUUGGAUUGUGAUUACAGAUCCAAGCUUAUAUGUGAAUAAAAUGGAUGGUAUUGAUUGCA